CCAAGGAAAAAAGGUUGGGAACCGCUGUGCUAGUCUACUGUUUCACACUCCAGUCCAGUAGGUGGCGGUAAAACACCUUCAAGUUGGUUUGCACACCAAUAAACGCCAUUGAAGAAGAAGACUCGUGUAAAAAGGACGCAGAAGAAGCGCUUUGAAAGAUGGCGGCGCCUGAGCAGCAGAACCACAACAAGCCGGGGAAGUCGCGGGGAAAGGAGGCUCAGCCUCUCAUCAUCCCCAAGACCCCGGCCGAGGAGCAGCGGCUGAAGCUGGAGCGGCUGAUGCGGAACCCGGAGAAGGUGGCUCCCAUCCCGGACCGGCCCCGGGAGUGGGCUCCGCGGGCUCCGCCGGAGUUCGUGCGGGACGUGAUGGGCUCGAGCGCCGGCGCCGGCAGCGGGGAGUUCCACGUGUACCGGCACCUGCGCCGCAAGGAGUACCAGCGCCAGGACUUCCUGGACCGCAUGGCCGACAAGGACGACCGGGACGUGGAGUACCUGAAGAAGCUGGACCAGAACCAGGCCGAGGCCGAGGAGAGGACCGCCAAGAGGAGGAAGAAGAGAGACAAGCUGAAGCAGAAGAGACUGAUGGCCAAGAAGGCCAAGCUGGAGGAGAAGAACAAGAAGGAGGAGGAGAGUUCUGAGAGUUCUGAUGAUGAGGAGCAGGAGGAGGAGGCCGAGGAUGAUGCUGAGGUGCCCAGCUUCAUCAUGGGGAGGAAGUAAAACCAUACACACUGGAUUAUCUUUUAUUUCCCUGCAGGUGGAAGUGAGUUAUUCCUGCAAACAUCACUCAGACUCUCAUUUGGGCAGGACUUGGAGAGAAGGUUCAUGUUUGUACUCUGACAUGAUGAAACUAAAAACAUGUGAUCAGGUUUUUUUUUUAAUUUUGACUAUAUUUGUGUCCAGCUUGUUGACAAUUUUAAUAAAAAUGCGAAAGUAUAUGAACUGUGUUCAAGGUUGCUUUCAUCCUGAGUGGGUUAAUCCCACUCAGCAACAGUUGACAAGUAGAGAUGUGAGGAUCAAUACUGAAAUAUCAAUACUCCGAUACUAGAUCUGUAUGCUCUUAAAUUGAUUCUCAAAUGAAAAUAUUGAUACUUUUGAUACUUGUCAUUUGUGGUAAUGUAUGUCAUUAACAGGAAUACGGUGGAAAGUAACUAAACUAAACAAAAAGAUUUUGUCUAGACUCUAAAUGAUGAUCAAAAAUAAGAAUCGACUGAUGGUAGGAACUACUUUUUUUCAUUUUUAUAGAAGUUCUUAUUUUGGUUCAUAAUUCUUUUAUUUUAAUGGUUUUAUUUUACUUAGGAUCUUUUUUUCAGUGAUGGAAACACCUUUUUCAAACACUCUGCUAUACUUCUGAGUUUAAAAUUGAUAGCUAAAUAAGUGACUCUGAUGUCUUGUAUUCUUAAACUAAUCUAAAAUACACUUCUUCUUUUUUUUGAUUUUCCAGGCACAUUUGGUGUUUUUGCACAAUGUAUCGGUAUCUAAUCGGUAUCGCCGAUACCAGCCUGAAUCUUACUCAAUAUCGGCUCAGAAAGAAAAAUGGGCGGUAUUGAACAUCAGUUUUUGUUGACUUCCCGUGUGUGUUUCUGGUCCACGUGACCCUGCAGCGCUGGGAAACUGCCCCUGGUGGAAACUGUCUCCAGUGGGCGAAACAGCGCUGCGGAAAACAACCCGAGGAGUGAAAAGGCGUGACUUCUGCAGGUUUGGGGGUUUCACGUGCGAUGCUCCUUGGACACGCCCCUGCCUCCCACGGAGGUGCCGGUCCGGGUCGUGGCCGCCACCGUUCUUGAGGCAGGUAGAGUAAAAGCUGGCGGCUCGAUGUUGUUUGCAGCAGGAGAAGGUUUUUCUGCCAGACACUGUCAGCUGCUACACACGAUCCUCACUUUAUUAACUUCAGUGAAUAAAAUGGGUUUAUUCAGCUUUUCUUGUUGCUGCAGUUUUAUUUAUUUCUCCUGAAACUGACUGGGUUUAUCCAGGAUUAGAAGAAAGUAUGUUUUUCUCGUCAAGCACAGAAGUGUAAACUGCUCCACAGUCAAAACUACACAAAGUGUGAAGGAUCCACAUUACUUUUUUAAAAGGAAGGGUAUGCAAUUCUACACUAGAGCUUACCCAGAACGCUUUUUUGUCCCGGUCAGUGAACGUCUCACCAUCUGUUUGCACAUCUCAUGAGUACACCGUAACGUAUGUCCUCGUGUUGGGACGCCAGCUCAAUGACAAAUGAAGACCUUUAUUAUUAAAAUAAAUAAAUUACAGUGAUAAUGAAAA